AUGAGUUCACCGCCGCCUGUCCAGGUGGAGGUGGAGGUUGGCGAUGAGUCAAUGGAAGACGAAACACCUGAUAUGAUCCCGGCCGACAGAUUCACAUUGCCAGCCCGAGGUGACGCUGUGGUGGAGCUAUGGAGGACGAAAAUGGAGGAGGGCGUACUGGCUCCAACACAUUUCCAAGAUCAUUGGCGUAUCACAGUACCCAGGAUUUAUUCGCCGCAACCCAAUCGGACAUGUCGUGAUUCGUCCUUCGAUGAGGAGUUAGCGUUGAAGCUUCUAAUCCAGCCCUUGGAGCAGUUUGUGUGGGGAACAGCGGACAAUUUAAGGCGUCCCCCGCCUCGUCGACAGACGCUUUGCGGCAGAGUUUUUAAGCAGGGCGAACCGGCGUAUAGUUGCAGGGAGUGUGGUAUGGACAACACGUGCGUGCUAUGCGUGGAGUGCUUCAAGGUGUCAGCUCACAGGCAUCAUAAGUAUAAGAUGGGUCAGUCCUCCGGAGGUGGAUGCUGCGACUGUGGUGAUACAGAGGCCUGGAAAAGAGAGCCCUGCUGUGAACUACAUGCGGGAACUGACGAUAAAGAAGAGAUUCAAACGAACAUCAGCCCCGAUAUAGUGGAGCGUAUGAAAAUAGUCGCGUCUGUUUGUCUGUCUUAUUGCUUUAGGCUGCUCACGCUUGACCAUGCGCCUGGGCUUCCUAAUGAUCUCAGAUUAAAAGACGCCGAACGUGAUCUGUUACAAAUACUCGAUCAGCCGGACUGUUAUUGCACAGUAUUGUAUAACGACGAAACGCACACAUUUGAACAGGUGAUAACAACACUGAUGCGUGUAAUGAAAUGCAACUACCGCGACUCAGUGGAGUUAGUGAGUCUCAUUGACCGCGAGGGUCGCGCGCUGGUCAAGUGUAACUCGUUCCAAGUUUGUGACAAACUCAAGACUGAUAUUGAGAUGUUCACGUCACGCCACGGGCCCGAACUACGCGUGCUCGUUAUGCACGCGCACGUCAUCGCGCACCAGACCUUCGCCAUGAAGCUGCUUAACUGGCUACAAAACUUCGUGAGCCAAGAGCCCAGCCUUCGUCUGGUGCUCAGUCAGGUGGCCUUAGGUGAAGAAGAAGGAUUGAGCAGCGGUCUAUCCUUGUCCAACAUGUCAGGGGGCGUGGCGGCCGGUGUGAUGCAGAAUGAUUGCCAUAUGUGGAAAGCUGCAAGGACUGCGUGGCAUAGAUUACUCAUCGCCACUACUUUGAUGGACUAUUCUACUAAGAGGACCAUGGCUAUUCUGUUCACGAAGAACUAUGGUACGAUUCUCAAAGAUUUCAUCCGAGACGACCACGAUCACUCGUUCUCGAUCUCGUCGCUGUCAGUGCAAUUGUACACGACGCCGACGUUUGCGCAUCUUCUCAUUGGGAAGCAUGACGCGCUGUAUGUCGUUAUGAAUACGUUUGUCAGCGAAUGCAAUCGACGCUGCACUCCUGAGGGUCGCCUCGAAUUUGACCGUAACCAUCAUUCGAUGGCGUUCAAACGCGCACAAUUCAUUCUGUACGACGUGAAGUAUCUUCUUGGCUCUAUUCCGACCACAUUCGACGACGACCUUCGCAAGGGAUUCUUGCACGGACUAUCCUUGAUGCUGAAUCUCCUGGUGAUGAUGCAGGAUAUGGACUCUGUUAUGAGACAGGUGGGGCAACAUAUGGAAUACGAGCCAGAAUGGGAAUCGGCUUUCAAUUUGCACGUGAAGUUAGCGCACAGUGUUACGCUCGCGCUGGAUUGGUGCGCUGCGGAACGUGCAGUGUGCGCUAACGCAUACCGUAUGGCGUUAAGGAGACACGCAGACACCUGCCAUAACCCUGAAUUGCAGCUUAGAGAACUUGGCACCCAGAGCGCCUUCGUGAUACCAUACGACGUGUCAAAGGAGCCGGUGUCGGUCCACCGGCCUCUGUCCCGAUUUAUCGCUGGGCUGCACUUGCAGUUGCACAAACACGGCCUGUCUUACCACAGUCGCGAGUUUGAGAAGGCGGACAAGCCUAAGCCGACGCCUGAAGAACUUAUUGAGCCCGUACUUCGCACGGCGGCAAUGAUAGGACAGGUCCACGCGGGGAUGUGGAGGCGAAAUGGAUUCACUUUGCUCAACCAAUUGUUCUUCUAUCACAACGUGAAAUGCCGGACUGAGAUGUUGGACAGGGAUAUCGUUAUGCUGCAGAUCGGUGCAUCUCUUAUUGAAAGCAAUGAGUUCAUAAUACACGUCCUGAAUAAGUUCAACCUUCUGGAAUGGGCUGAGGCCGACUUCGAAAAGAAACCAAUAGAAGAUGACACCUUACGACACACUAUCAGUAUGGUAGAAGAGUUCUUGGCUCUGCUAAUCACUAUCGUUGGAUCGCGAUACGUUCCUGGAGUUGGAGAGGUGACGUCUGAAGAUCGAACCAAGAAGGAGAUCAUCCAGAUGCUCUGCGUCAAGUCCAUGCCGCAUUCGGAGCUUAACAAAUCCUUGCCCGAAGACCAACUGCACGAGACGGGUCUCGAAGGCGUGAUCCACGAGGUGGCUGACUUCACAAAACCAUCCAGUGGAACCAAUCGGGGCGUUUAUAAACUCAAACCGCAUCUUUAUGACGAGUAUGACGCGUUCUUCUACCACUACACCAGAGAAGAUCUUUCUAGAAGUGAAGAAGAACAGAGGAAUAGAAGGAAGGCAGCGAACUUGCCAGAAUGUUGCCCGCCCCCGGCCCUACCGAAGCUGACACCGCCGUUCCGUCUACUCGCGAAUCUUCUGCAAUGCGACGGUGCAUUGCACGUUCUGCGUUGCGUACUCGAACGUGCGAUCGACUUACGUGCGCGCUCGUUCUCUGAGCCCCAAGUUCAUAAGGCGUUACAUCUAAUCGGCUACGCAUUACGCGACGAAGAGAGCGGCCAUUACGAGUUCCUAGCGUUCGCGGAGAGUGCGGCGAGGGCUGGAAUCGUUGACUUGCUGCAGAAGUUGGCCGUCAGCCCGCGCGUAGACGCACAUCGGGCACUUGCUAAUUGGCUGCUUGCUAAGAUCAGGAUACUAUUAGGACGACCAGAUGAAACGGGUGAUGGUGAUAAAAUGGAUGUAGAUAAUGGCGACACGCCAGCCAAUGUCUCGGCCGAGAAGGAGAAAGUUCGUCGCGCAAAAUUAGCUGCUGAAAAGCGUGCUAAGGUGAUGGCUCAGAUGCAAGCGCAGAUGAACAAAUUUAUCACCAGCAAUGCGACGCUCUUUGAAGAGACCAUUACUGAGGUAACAGAAGAAGAAGAAUCUGAAAACCUUGCGUCAUUGUACUGCGGCUCGGCCUUGGGCGUUUGGGGUGGAGGGGUUACCGAUAUGCCUCGCGUUUGCAUCAUGUGUCAGGAACAGGACCGCGUAGAAACAAUGACGGAGCCACUAGUGCUGGUGGCAUUCGUGCAGCAGUCCCGCGUGCUGUCCAGAUCUCCGCCCCCCGAAGUGCCGCAGGCGGACCAGGCGCAGGCUGAGAUCCCGGCCGACAUCGGAGCGCAGCCACACGUGUCCUGCUGCGGACACGCCUUACACGCUCGCUGCUGGAGGAAGUACGUCGACGGAGUGCAGAAUAAAGAGAAGCUCAGACCUUACCGCAUCCGUCAACCCGUCGCAUUCGACACAGAGAAGAAGGAAUAUCUAUGUCCAUUGUGUGAGCGGUUGUGCAACACGGCCUUGCCGUUAUUGCCCGCGCCGCCCAUGAUGCCCGGCAACCCCCCCAUUCUAGAUGAGGGCAUAUUCGGCUGUGCAGUCGAUCUUAUACUCAGGAUGAAGCAUCAGGUAUGCUCAGCAUCCGUGCACCUGUGCACCGAGUACUGCGAAGAAAUGCAUUGUCAAGCACGCGCACGUAGCGUCGGCGCUUUAUCUUCCGAACCCGAAGAAGAGAGCGCGGACGAAGCCGAGGUAUACGUCAGCACUCACGCUGAGAACCUUCUUCCGCAUCAGUUCAUCACGCAGUUUGAGAACCCCAUACCUGAGUACAAUGAGACCAGCAAGCAGUUGGUUGAACAGUUUGUAGCGAUGGUGCCAGGAGUGUUCGGUCAGGCGGAGCCGGGAGGUCUCACUGCCCUCGCCGCUCUUUAUCGUGCCACUUCAUACACCGUCAUGAGCACCGAAGCUGUACUGCAGGCGGAGAAGAGACCUCUGCUGGGAGACCUGCCCUCGCGACACAGGGACGCCCUUCAAGCCCUAAUUCGUCUGGCCGCAGCUUUGCCCUCGGUCUGGCUCGCCCCUAAACAUAUAUCACACCACGCCCUCAGCACCCUCAGCGUCUUGGAGUCUUCGUCUCCUCUCUCGCAUCACAUUUUCAGCACUCUAGUCACGAUGGUCCUGACGGUGCCGUCCCUGUUUUCGAAGUCGGCCGGCCCGGCCAGACCGGCCCAUUUGGCCAGGCUCUUCACCCUGGAAGCCUUUCGAGCCCAGAUCACGAGGGCUCUCUUGGUCAUCGAUAUCAAACCCAGCGAACCGAUGGAGGGCGUCGAGAGGGUCACUUCCCGCAGCCUGCAGAACAUGCUCGCUCACGUCAAACUGUUGAGGCGAGGCGAAUUGGACAUCGAGAACGUGGAUCCGGCGGAAGUCUGGGCGGACGCCAAGAGACAGUGCCACACCUUCCUUCGAUGCUGCUGUCUGUUCUUCCACUUCCUGAGCGACAUCAUCCCGCCCACGGAACUGACGGAGGUCGGGGGAGACACGUGGGAGACGAUGUGCGAAUAUCUGGAUCUGCCGACCGAUUACAGAGAACUGAUGGAGGACAGAGGCAGAGUGAAGUCCUUAGAGUGGGUUGGUCAUUCGGAGGAGUGGUUCAAAGGGACGAUACCCAGGCGGAUAGCGCUGGAGCCCGAUCCGCCCAGAUUGAUCACCUUGCCGGAAGAUUUCUCGGAGCUGAUGAAUAUCGUGUCGGAGUUCUCGUGUCCGAAUUCUGAGCGGGAAGACAGCAAGAAUCCAACGAUGUGUCUGGUCUGUGGGCAGAUAUUGUGUUCGCAGAGCUAUUGCUGUCAGAUUGAAAUCAGUAAACCCGGCAGCCGCGCUGGCACGUCGGGUGAGCUGGUGGGCGCGGUGGUUGCGCACGCGCAGCGCUGCGGCGGAGGUGCUGGCCUCUUCCUGCGAGUGCGCGAGUGCGAACUACUCCUGCUGGCCGCACCCUCGCCCACCAGAGGCUCCAUGAUGCCCGCGCCCUACUUGGACUCUUACGGGGAGACCGAUCAGGGUCUUCGUCGUGGAAAUCCUCUCCAUCUGUGUCCAGAGCGGUAUGAGAGCCUGAGAAUGAUGUGGCUGAGUCACGGCAUACACGAGAGAAUCACACGGGGCAUCGACACAAACAUGAUAAUGACUAACACCUGGCAGAACAUGUGA